AUGGCCUCUUGCAAAGCGAAGAAAAUUCAAGGCGGUGUCUCUACACCUAGCGUUCCCUUGGGUGCCGACUGCGAGGUCUAUUGUCCUACCCGAAGUGGGAUCAGCUCUUCUCCAUGCCUUACUAAGAGUGCGUUGAAUGCAAUGUCAGCGCCUUGUCUCCGAGAGGCUUCGCCGCAUAAGCUCCCAUGGUCCAAUACCACGACGGACAAGAAGAAAAUUGAAUCAGCAUUCAAGACAGAACAGGUCGCGGUCACAGGUUUUGUAUCUCGCUCGCAGGCCACCAACUUCCCUCCGACGACAACGAUGAAAAAAAAAAAAUCGAAGAUCCCUAAGUCUACUCCGGCUCCCGCUACUAGUAUGGAGACUGAGUGCAUGAAUAUUCGUGCCAUAAUUGACAUGUUGUUAAGUAACUCGAUGAACCACACCCAUGUCUUGAAUAUUAUUCAUUGUGAGUGUUUGUCUUUCUAUGUUUUUUGUUUAAUUUUAUUUAGGAUGUUACCAUGGAAUCAUGCAUAA